CCCCGCCCCACAGAGUGACCAGUCGACGCGUUGGGAGCUUCUUCUACUCUUCUUUGAUUGACCGGGACCAACUUUGCUAGUUGCCUUUAUCGGGGAUUUUUUUAGUUUUGUAUUUUGUCUUUUCUUUUAGUUUCCACACCUGCCCCCGAUCUACCCUCUGCGUUCUUUUUCUUUAGGACUAACACCGUUUCCAGCCCGAUCCAAGUCGAGCCAACACACAACAAGCCAUGAACCUACCUCCUUCCCUCACUCUCUUCCUUGGACUCAUAUCCUGGUGCCCCUGUGCACUGUUGGCUUCUAAAGUGAUCGUGGUUCCUCCAAUCAUGUUUGAGUCCCACCUGUACAUCUUCAAGACACUGGCCACGGCGCUGCAUCAGGACGGACACGAGACCCACUUCCUGGUCUCGGAGGGCCGGGACGUGCCCCCCUCGCCCCACUACAACUUCCAGCGCUACCCCGGCAUCUUCAACAGCAGCACGGCCGACAACUUCCUGCAGUCCAAGGUGCGCAACAUUUUCUCGGGCCGCCUGACCUUCCUGGAGCUCUUCGACAUCCUGGACCACUACUCGCAGAACUGCGACGCGGUGGUUGGCAGCGCCGAGGUCAUGGCCCGGCUGAAGGCCGAGCAGUUCGACCUGCUGCUGGUGGACCCCAACGAGAUGUGCGGCUUCGUCAUCGCCCACAUCCUUGGCGUGAAGUACGCUGUGGUCAGCACGGGCCUCUGGUACCCAGCCGAGGUGGGCGCACCGGCGCCGCUCUCGUACGUGCCGGAGUUCAACACCCUGCUGACGGACCGCAUGUCCCUGGGCCAGCGCAUCACCAACACGGCCGUCUACCUGGUGCAGCGCUUUGGCGUGCACUUCAUCGCCCUGCCCAAGUACGACCGCAUCAUGAGGCGGCACGGGGUGACGCCCCGCGUGGCCAUGGCCGACCUGGUGCAGGGCAGCCAGAUGUGGAUGCUGUGCACGGACCUGGCCCUGGAGUUCCCCCGGCCCACCAUGCCCCACGUGGUCUACAUAGGGGGCAUCCUCACCCAGCCCGCCAAGCCACUGCCGCAGGAGUUUGAGGCCUGGGUGAACGACACCGCGGACCACGGCUUUGUCGUUGUGUCGUUCGGCGCCGGGGUCAAGUACCUCUCCGAUGACAUCACCCGCAAGCUGGCCGGCGCUCUGGCCCUCCUGCCUCAACGUGUGGUGUGGAGAUUCUCUGGAGUCCCACCCAGUAACCUAGGCAACAAUACCAAGCUUGUUGAUUGGAUGCCUCAGAAUGACCUACUGGGCCACGCCAACACGCGGGCCUUCCUGAGCCACGGCGGACUGAACAGCAUCUACGAGGCCAUGUACCACGGCGUGCCGGUGGUGGGCGUGCCCCUGUUUGGCGACCACUACGACACCAUGACGCGCGUGGCGGCCAAGGGCAUGGGCCUCAUGCUGCACUGGAAGAGCAUGACGGAGGAGGAGCUGCGCGCCGCGCUCCACAGCGUCAUCAGCGACAGCAGGUACCGGCAGCAGGCCCGCCUCCUCUCGGCCAUCCACAAAGACCAGCCAGGCCACCCGGUGUCCCGGGCCGCCUACUGGAUCGGCUACCUGCUCCGGCACGGCGGCGCCGACCACCUGCGCUCGUCCGUCUACCACGUGUCCACGCUGCAGUACUUCCUGCUGGACGUCAUCGCCGUCGUGGCGACCGUGGCCGCCCUGCUCGUCUUCGCCCUCUACCGGGCGGUGCGGUGGCUGAAGGGGUCGAGGGGCGCGGUGGCGGCGGCGGCGGCGAGCACCAGCAGCGGUAGCAGCAGCGGAAGGGGAGGAGUCAGGGAUGAGGAUGCGCUCACCAAUGGACACUGCCACAGUGAGGCGGUGGUGGCCAACGGGAAGCACAAACGCAACGGCGCACUGCGAAGCGAGAAGAAGAUAAACUAGAGGGUGGAGGCACGGGGAGGGGGGGGGGGGUUCGUUGGGCGGCAUCGUGGUAGGGUUGCGAACUGGCGUGAAGUGUGGGGCUUCGGCAAAGCUGAUCUCAGAUCUGUUUCCGCAUGAGAGAAAAGAAAAGGCUUGCCAGAGUAGGAGCAAGUGUAAUGCAUUGGUCGACCAGUGUAGUGCAGUUAUGCAACCAGUGUGUGUAUGUGUAUGUGUGUGUGUGUGUGUGUGUGUGUGUGUGUGUGUGUGUGUGUGUGUGUGUGUGUGUGUGUGUGUGUGUGUGUGUGUGUGUGUGUGUGAGAAAGUGUGAGUGUGAUGAUGGGUGUGUCUGCGUGUGUGUGAGGAUGGGUUUCAAGAGUGUGUAUGUGUGUGCACACGUGAUUGCCGAGGCAAAUCUUAACAAAAUGCGAGGAACACUUAACAGCUGCUACACGAUGCAAAUGCCAGUAUCAACCGGGGAAAAAAUACAACACGCAUUUAGAAACAAACAGGAAAAGAAAGAAUGGAGGCUCUACUUAUUUCUCUUCCCUCAAUUCUGUUAUGUCUUUCGUUCGCUUUUCAAAACGAGCCAAAGACCACCAUUGACCUAGAACACACUAGAGACAAAAAGCUUUUAAUAAAAAAAUUAAGUGAUAUUGCAAUUAAAGAUUUGAAUUAAGCAGGAAACGUUUUAACCAAAGCAUUACCUGCAGAGGCGUUUGUAAAUAGGGGGAGAAAAACAUCUAUUUAUUACUGUACAAACACACUGUAAUGAACAGACCUUUUUAACCUUUCUUAUUUAUUAUUUUUUUUAAUUUAAGUCGUUUAUCAGUAAUACGAUUGUAUAAUGGUUCAUAUACACUCCUUCUUAUAAACUUAUACCCUGUACAAUUUACGUUUUUACCUAACAACAACUGCGUCAAUUUGUAUGUUUUCUUUUUUUAACAAGGUAAACAACCUUUGAAGAAAGUUGAUUUCACCUUUUUUGGUUUAGGUAGGUUGGUUGAAUUUCUACUGGGUGUGGCGGUGCCUGAUCAUAACCACCAUCCCCUCCUAAAAUGACCGCAGAGAAGGGCCCUCUGUCAGCCAAUUAGUCUAAUUAGGCAAUUAAGGAAUCACCAGUAUGAGAGUGCAUGCAUUCAAGACCAGUAACGAUCACCUGGUGAAUCCUCAGACAAUACCUUACCCCGGUAUUCAUGGUUGAUCUGAUGAUGUCUGAUCACAAAUUGUUCAAAUCAUGAAUUAAUUUAUUAUUCUUUGUUUUAUUGCCAUUUUUGUUGUUGUAGACCAUAAUCUGUAGUAGAAACUCCUUGACGUUCAUUCCCCAGCGCCAGCUAAAUCCGUGUUGAUUUAGCAGUGUUGUUUCAAAUGUUAGUCGGUGCAUUAGCUAUAACAAUUUUAUGUGUGAAUGAUGAAUUCUACAUGUCGCCUUUUUGAAUGCAAAAAUUUGUGUAUGCAAAGUGCUUGAUAGUCUGUGUCUGUGUUUGCUUGGUUUUAUUGUUUUUACGUGUGUGUGUGGUUGUGUGUCUGUGUGUGUGUGUGUGUGUGUGUGUGCAGGGGCGCCGCUAGGGAUUUUGGGCCCCAUGAAAAGAAUCUUUACUUAGUGUCAUUAUUUUUUCUGUAUUAUAAUUUCAUCAUCAUUAGGGGCCUCUCUGGGCCCCCCUCCAUCAUGGGCCCCUAGAAUCCGUCUCCUUUACCCCCCCUUUUCGGCGCCCCUGUGUGUGUGGUUGUGUGUUCGUGUUGAUGAUGAUGAUACAACCUUAGUCUGCACGUAUGGAAGCAUAAGGCUUGUACUUCUUAGCUCUUUAUGUAUCAAACUCUUAUGGAUUCAUUCACAACCAUCCUUCUGACCUUAAACAAGUUCUGCUCUCAGUGGGUCUCCCCUUUCCUAUGUUUGGCACCAUUUCCUAACUACUUCAUGUGAAGUAUUGAAAAGUCAAACGGGUGCGUUCCAACAAGGCCUGUGCCUUGAUUCAAGUCCCUCUUUGUUCCCCCACGCUCCCUUUUAUUUUAAACAGGCACGUGUAAGUUGAACAAUGCAAAUCAAAGGAUAGUCUUAAGCUGUAGGCAAAUGCUACGGGCAGCGAGAGCAAAGCAGGACGCGGAACAAACAAAGAUCUCUCGAUGUCGCAUGUGAGAGAGGAAGGAGGAGGAGUAGGAGGAAGAGGGCCUUCCCCUGUUCUCUGCGAGCGAGUUCUGAGCCACAGGGCGUCUACCCAGCAUAUUUUCCGGCCUACGAACCGAGAGACCUUGUAUACUUGAAUCGCCAUCAUCACUUUCAGCUCCACCAUCGACAAACACUUACAAGUUCUGAGGGGAAAUUGAAGCCCGCGGCUGCUGGAGACACAUAAAGCUAUGACCAGAGAACGGAAAGCAUUGGAGUAUGAGACGAGAGAGAAAAGUUUUCAAUAAUUUUUGUCUUUUGUUGUUUCAGUAUUUCUGUUAAUGCUUGGUAGACAACCCCCUCCCCCUCCCUUAUACAUUUUUUAACUGAGGCUUCAUCUUUCUCUGCAAUUCCAUUACUUCAUCCUCCUCGAAACACAGUAAUGUGUUACAUGACAAGUGUGACCUUGAUCAUCAGAUGUGGAGAUUGGCCUGCCUCCGUGUAAGGUUAAAACCCUUCUUUUCAUCUGUCUGAAGUUCUGUUUGGAGAGCAGGCUACAGUUUCCCUUGCCUACAAGUCCUUCUUACCUCAAGUUAGUUUUUAGUUUUAUUUUUUUAUUAAACUUCGCCCUUAGGUUGACUUUCAAAGUGCUCGCAUUUCCUGUCACGUGUGCAUCGUGUAAAUAUAAUGUAAACAAACAAAGUACUAAUGCUUAAUAAACAUUACAGAUUUUGUUUGCAAGACAA